UGCUGACGAUUUAAGCCAAAGUAUUUCCUUGGUCAGUUUUGACAAGACUUAAAACUAAAUAAGUAGGUAUAAGAUAGUCUAGAUUACAAAACUAGCAUCGUCAGUCCAAAUUUUACUCAAUGUCAAUGUCGCUUUAAUUCCGUAAAGUGAUAUAAGUCUUACAUCUAAGAUUACUUAUAGCCCUUUUAUAUUUGCAGCAAAGGGUUGCUUUUGAUUAAAUUACUACGGAUCUCUAGAAACUUGAUAUCACGAUAACUCCGAACUCCGAUUAUCCUCAGUAUAUGUCACACGGCACUGUGUUACAGUUUGAAGUGAGGUUAUAAAAGUAAAUUAUAUAAUUUAGUGUGAAAAUGCGUGAAAUAGUGCAUGUGCAGGCUGGGCAGUGUGGGAACCAGAUAGGAUCUAAGUUCUGGGAGAUAAUCUCAGACGAGCACGGAGUGGGCCCCGACGGCGUCUAUAAUGGCGAGAAUCCGAUGCAGCUGGAGAGGAUCGACGUGUACUACAACGAGGCUUCCGGCGGUAAAUACGUGCCGCGAGCCGUCUUGGUCGAUCUCGAACCUGGGACCAUGGACUCCGUGAGGGCCGGGCCCUACGGACAGCUCUUCAGGCCGGACAACUUCGUGUUCGGACAGAGCGGGGCUGGCAACAACUGGGCUAAGGGCCACUACACAGAGGGCGCUGAGCUCGUCGACGCCGUCAUGGACGUCGUCCGUAAGGAGUCAGAGAACUGCGACUGCCUUCAAGGUUUCCAGCUGACCCACUCUCUGGGCGGCGGCACUGGGUCCGGCAUGGGCACGUUGCUGCUGAGCAAAAUCCGCGAGGAGUACCCAGACAGAAUCAUGAGCACGUUCAGCGUCGUGCCUUCGCCUAAAGUGAGCGAAGUGGUGCUAGAACCAUACAACGCAACACUCUCUGUGCACCAACUGGUCGAGAACACAGACAUGACCUUCUGCAUCGACAACGAGGCUCUCUACAACAUCUGCUUCAGAACACUCCGGCUCACCAGCCCCAGCUACGGCGACCUCAACCAUCUCAUCUCCUUAACAAUGUCCGGGAUAACGACGUGCCUCCGUUUCCCGGGACAAUUGAACGCGGACCUGCGCAAGCUGGCAGUCAAUAUGGUGCCGUUCCCCAGGCUGCACUUCUUCAUGCCCGGUUUCGCCCCGCUCACAGCCAAGAAUUCCUUUGACUACCGCGCUCAAAAUGUAGCUGAACUCAUGACCCAAAUGUUCAACCCGGGCAACAUGAUGACGGCGUGCGACCCCCGGCACGGGCGGUACCUCACCGUCGCCACCAUGUUCCGGGGCCGGAUGAGCAUGAGGGAGGUGGACAAUCAGGUGGUGGCGAUACAGAAUAAGAACUCCAGCUACUUCGUGGAAUGGAUCCCUAACAACCUGAAGGUGUCAGUCUGCGACGUGCCACCCCGAGGCCUCAAGAUGUCCGCCACCUUCGUGGGCAACUCCACCGCUAUCCAGGAGAUAUUCAAACGCAUAUCGGAGCAGUUCACCGCCAUGUUUAGACGCAAGGCUUUCCUCCACUGGUACACGGGCGAGGGCAUGGACGAGAUGGAGUUCACAGAGGCCGAGAGUAACAUGAACGAUCUCAUCUCCGAAUACCAGCAGUACCAGGAGGCUCCCGUGGACGACGAGGACGCCGAAUUUGAUGAAGAAGACGAGUUAGAGCAGGAAUACCCUGAGGAAAGAGAGAGAGAGGCUGUCCAUGUCGGCCUCUAAGCUUUUUAAUCGCAGAUACUAAAAAGACAUUUUGCUUGCCCAAUCUAGCUUCUUUAGGUAUUUAAAGAAAAGUAAACAAAUAAUUUGUACGUUUUCGGGUUUAUAACAUUUAUUGGUUAACCAACCAAAUACAAAACCGCCUGGAUCAGUCCCUGAACGACCUGACUUUAACCUACAUUAUUUGAUCAUGUAACGUUUUCAUCUACCCUCAACUGGCUUAAGAAGCCAUUUGAGGGUAGAUUUUGUUUAUAUUUAUUUAAAUACCUAAAGAUACAGACCAUAGACUAGGAAUCCUCUAGACCGAGUUUAGAGCAAUUAUUUCAUGCAACCGAUGAUGCCAAAAAUGCGGGGGUGCGCGGGACGAGGUGAGCGAAGUCCCGUGCCGUGAUUGGUCCGUUCAAACGACGAACGAGUUCACGGACGUCACACAAAGACAAUUUCGACUCGAACAUGGAGUAAAAUUACCGUAUGCUUCGCAGAGGGGGUAGCGCGACUAUGCUAAGGGUCGGUUGCACCAAACUGUUCGUAUCGUUAAAGAGUUCUCUAAAUUUUUAUGUAUGGAAAGUUUCAUAGUAAAGCGCCGGGGCGCGCCGGCUGACGUUGAUCAGUCUGUCAAAUGUGGUUGGUGCAACUGGCCCUAAGUCUAGAGGAUUUUUGUCUGUGAUACAGACUAUAAAGGACACUGAGCACGAACAGUUAAGUACAGAUGUAGUGCAUAAUUAUUUACCAUCGUAUUUUCACGGAAACGUACGAACGUGUCUUGCUGUUUCAGUCAGUCACGGUACAAAAAGUACUGACGUUGACUGAAGUAGCAUGACAAAUACGAACGUUUCCGAGAAAAUACGAAGGAAAACAAUUAUGCACUACAUAUGUACUUUGUCCCGCCUGUUCAUAUCUCUAUCGCACGCGCAUUAUUUUGCCGUCUCGCUCGCACAGUGCCAUUUUUUUUAAUAGAUAUUCUCUUAUCCCCUUAUUUAUAAACGCGCUACAAACCUCAGUUAGCUAAUAAUCGUUUGUCCUUAUCUGUCAUUUUGACUUACGUAUUUGUAAGAAAGGGAUAAAACAUAAUUUAACUAAUUCAGGCCCGUAAAGUUUUAUAAAUAAGGGGGUUAGUCAUUAUGCUACUAAAAUGACAGAUGGACAGUCAAAUUGUCAUUUUAGUAUCUAUUAGAUAUAUAAGUUUAAGAACAAAGUAUAAUUUUUGUAACAAACUUUUUUAUACCGUAAAGCUGGGCUACUUUGACCCAAUAGAGGGUAUCUUUGGCCCGCGGGUUGAAAUAUACAGGGUGGCUAAAAAAUAACUGUCGCGAUAAAAAUGUACCCUCCCAUAGAAAAUGGACCAGCCAAAAUGUAUGAAACAGCCAAUUUUUUUUUUCGCGAUUUCGGGGUUUGGUCACAGUAAAAGUCGCUCAGUAUAAUCCCAAAACCUCCCUGGC